AUGGAGAACCAGACGGUGGACAACAGCAGCUUCUUUAACAGCAGCGUGGGAGUGACCUUCCCGGGUACCGCUCUCCUCCAGCAGUACAAGUGCCUCUUCAUCCUGCUAUACUGCGCCCUGGUGGCCGUGGCGUGUGUUGGCAACGCCUUCCUGAUCGGCAGCAUCGCGGUGGACCGUAAACUCCACACCGUCACCAACUUCUUCAUCGGGAACCUGGCGUCGGCGGACCUCUUAAUGUGCCUGGCCUGCGUGCCGCCCACGCUGUCCUACGCCUUUGAGCCACGCGGUUGGCUCUUUGGGCGCUUCCUGUGCCACCUGGUCUCCCUGCUGCAGUCCGCCCUGGUCUACGUCUCGGUGUUGUCCCUGACGGCCAUCGCGGUGGACCGCUACGUGGUGGUGGCGCACCCCGUGCGGCAGAGGGCGGGCCGGGGGCGCUGCGGCCUGGUGGUGGCGUCCAUCUGGGCCCUGGCCCUGGCCCUGGCCAGCCCGGCCUCCGCCCGGGUGGCCUACGUGGAGCUGGAGGCCGCCGGUCACGACGUGAACGUGUGCGAGGAGUUCUGGCGCGGCCGGGAGACCGAGCGCGCGGCCUACUCCUGCGUGGUGAUGCUGGCCUCCUACAUGGUGCCACUGUCCGCGGUCAGCGUCUCCUACUGUGCCAUCAGCGCCCACCUGCGGAGGCGCCACCUGCCCGGGGUGGUGGAGCAGAACCGCCUGCGGUGGAACGAGAAGAAGAGGAAGACAUUCUCCCUGCUGGUGGUCUCCGUGGUAACCUUCGCCAUGUGCUGGAUGCCCCUCCAGAUCCUCAACCUCCUGCAGGACCUGGACGUUGACUUCGCCAUCUUGGACACCCGCUACCUCAACGUGGCGCAGGUCUCCUGCCAUUGGCUGGCCAUGAGCUCUGCCUGCUACAACCCCUUCAUCUACGCCUCACUGCACCGUAAGCUCCGCCUGCGGCUGAGGGCCUACCUCCGCCGCUGGAGGCAACCAGGGGGUUUCUUGGCAGGACGCCUCUCGCCCUUCCACACCAGCAUCAGCCUGGUGUCCGAGCUCCCCAAGGCCGGGGCCCCAGCUGGCAGUGGCAACACUUCUGACCCGGUCUGA